AUGAAAGGGCCGGGAUGGCUGGUGUGGUCGAGCUCCAGCUUGUUUUUUUGUGACGUGCUUUGUGAGGCCUUGGAUCUUGGAGCUGCAGAACAGCAGCUGGGACCCUGUGCAGACCUGCUGUUGGCACGCAACGGUCAGAGUGACGAGCUGAUGGCCUGCCGUGUGCCCUUGCUUGGCUCGCUGCAUGAUGAUCGUAUUCCUGGAUACACGUACAACAUCACUGAAGAUUGCCACUUUUGGGCUAGCUACGCCGCCAGAGAUCGACAUGUUGAAGGCUCCAGCGUGCUUGGCUUCACCCGCUUGGCAGCAUUCCGGCUGAACUCACCCUUUAAACCUCCCUUGCGCCGCAACGGCACGGCCUUGUACAUCGGAGCCCAUCGUUCAGGAGAUGAUGGCCUUGUAUUCCAGCGUCGGCAUGGUCUGCACAUGCAUCUCUUUGAGCCUUCGCCAACAUAUUUUGAGAUGUUGCAGGACUCAUUAGAGGGAGCUCCUGGCUUCACGCUCCACAACUAUGGGCUCGGCGCGAAGACUCGUCGAGCGCACCUGCGCCUGAGUGGGACUGCUUCGCGGAUUGUAAAUCUGACCGUGCCGGAGCGAACCGAGCUGGAGGAGUUGGAGGACCUUGAGCCAGAAGGAACGGAACAGGUGCUCAUUCGCUCGGCUGCAGAAGCAAUCCCUGAGGUAUUGCAGGAUAAGCGCGCUUUUGUUGAAUUGCUCCACAUUAACUGCGAAGGUUGCGAGUACGAUGUUGUACACGGUCUGAACCAAGCAGGGCAGCUGUCAAGAGUUGGUCAGAUUCAGAUUGCAACUCAUCUACUGGAGUAUACAGGCCCAAGUGAUGACUUUCAGGAGGCGCUCUCCUUAUCGCUGCAGAUAUCUGUUAAACGCUACUGCGAAAUGCAUCAGACACUAGCACUCACGCAUGAUCGCGUGUGGGGCCUGCCUUGGGUUUGGGAGCGAUGGACGCGUCGCCCAAGGAGUGCAGGAUAG